UCACUAAAAAGAAGAAAUUGGCAUCGAGUGAUAGAGAAGAAGAAGAAGAUGCCGUGCCUCAACCUCUCAACGAACGUUAACCUCGACGGCAUCGAUACAUCUUCGAUUCUCUCGGAAGCUUCCUCCACCGUCGCCAAAAUCAUCGGCAAGCCUGAGAAUUAUGUGAUGAUUGUGUUGAAAGGCUCAGUGCCUAUGGCAUUUGGUGGGACCGAGGAUCCUGCAGCUUAUGGUGAAUUAGUCUCUAUUGGUGGCCUUAAUGCUGAUGUGAACAAGAAGCUAAGCGCUGCUGUUUCCGCCAUUCUCGAGACUAAGCUAUCAGUGCCCAAGUCUCGAUUCUUCCUCAAGUUUUAUGACACCAAGGCCCAUCAAAGUCAAGAAUAUGCACAGUGUUUACACGCUUUACACCAGCACUACUAGGUCAUGAAUAGGGAACAAAUACAUCUUUUGUGUGGAUCCUUCUUUGGUUGGAACGGGGGCACUCUCUAAUUCGGUGGCAGGUGUGAGAUAAGUGUGACUGUCUUGCAAUGUAUGAACGUAUUCCAUCGUUUCUAUGAUCUACUCUCAUCGAUCAAGUAACUUUUGAAUUAUUUCUCGCUAUAAACAUAUCUAACGUUUGGUGGAGUUGCGUUAAGAAAUAACAGUUCUGUUUUAUGAUGCUGCAACUUAGUACUAUGGUUAAAAAAAAGUUAAUAAGUUUGUCUUUUCUACCUCGUUAUAUGUUUAGAUUUUGAAAAAGUUAUAAAAAGAUGGUCGAAUCAUAUGUCAAUUAA